GUAAAAUCACUCACAUUGAAUUAACGGAGCGUCGAUAAAUUGUUUUAUUAUUUUGUAUAUAUAUACAUGUAUUACUUUUCGGUGGGAUCCUGAAUACAUAUUUCAAACAAUUAGAGUAUCCUAAACAGCAUUAUAAUAAUCCCGUCGGAACUGAAACCUGAGACCGCAAUAUAUGUGCAAUGGACGGUGGCGAUUUGCAGGUUGUUGCGUUCGAUGACGAACAAAAAUUCGCUGUGGGAAGGGCGCUUAUGGCUAUAGCAGAUGAAGUCUUCGAAACACCAAAACUUGAACCAAUCACAUAUGAACAAGACGACAUUAUAGAACUUCUAAGUGAUUCCGAAAAUGCGGCUGACGAUGAUGGAUUCGAGUGUGAGGUAUUUGGGAAAAUGUGUACAGAUUUGGAAGAAUUGUCAGAAAACUUGCAAAAAGAUUCACCUAAUCAACUUGAAUCCUUUAAAAUGAGUGAACCGAAUGACGCAAUUAAUUUUGCUAACCGUGCAGUUUAUGAUACUGACACGACUGCAAUUGCCAAUACAGAAUACAGACAAUUCGUAACACAAAAUAUAACAAAUGAAAUUAUCAUAUUAGAUGAUGACGACGAUGAAGAUCAUACGCUUUCCAGUGAAAAUAUUGCCGAAAGUAACAGUAUUGAUGACGGUAAAAUAUCCGAUAAGGAUGAGAAAGAGAAGAAGGUUUUCGAUCUCUUAGAAGUUGAUACGGAUGAUUCUAACCAACCGACAUCAUCCAAUAAUAGCAAUCGUCACACAAAUGCGUACAGCCACAAUUUAGAAGCUUUUCUAAUUUAUUUAUGUCCGCAGUGCGGAGUCUCAUGCGGAAAUAUUAAGAAAUGGAAUGCACAUACAGACAUCGUGCAUAACUUCCGUUCCAUUUCAACACUUAAUUUAAAAACCGUCAUUAGCCGACAAGGCCAACUAAGCUAUCAAUGUAACACUUGCGAAAAAAAAUAUGUUUCAGAUUCACCAUUUCGCGUUUUAUUGAACCAUCGCAUUCGACACAUGGCGAUUCCGGAAUUUUUACGAUGCCGAUUGUGCGAGGAAAGAUUUCCAUCUCGUUGCUCAUUUUUACGACACUUAAAGAAGGUGCAUAAAAAAAUUGCUUUGCAAAAACUUCGACGCACAGAACCAAUACGUAGCCACAUUCGGUUCUUCUGCCCGAUUUGUAGGGCAAAAGCAUCCAGCAUGAAUGUAUGGAUGCGUCACUUGGAAAAUGAACAUGAUUGGUAUAACCAAUUAGCGGAAAAAGUCAUUAAAAUAAGGGAUAAUAUAGUAGAAUGUAAAACGUGCGCGGCAACUUUUCGAUCGAAGCGAAAUCAAUGGCAUUUACUGCGCCACGAAAAGUACAAACCUUUCAAAUGCAAGCUGUGUAAAGAUGCAAGUGGGUAUGAUUUGAGUCAUCUAACGAAGCACAUCCGAGUAGAGCAUCUUAACGAGAUACCAUACGAUAGGCAAUAUCCUUGUAAUUAUUGUGAUAAGGUUUUUGGAACGCAUACUCGACGAAUCACUCAUAUGCUUGAGAUGCAUACAAUUCAAGAAUUGGCAUGUGAGGUGUGUGGAAAGAAGUUCAACUCUACCUCGGGGUUGUUGACGCAUAUGGCUAAGCUGAACCACCAAAAAAUUAAGUAAAAUAUUAAUAUAUCAACCGUUGAUAGCCGGUAUAGAUAAAGAGCACAGGAAAAUACUUCAAAGGCAAAAAGGAAUUUUUGGUGGUUGACCGAGCUCCUCCUCCUAUUUAUGGCGUGCAUCUUGUUCCAAAAAUGGGGGAAGACACAGUUUUAAGCCGAUUCCCAACGGCAGAUAUUUUUUUAUGAGGGACUUGUUCGUGGCAGAAAUACACUCGGCGGUUUGCCAUUUCCUGCCGAGGGGCGACCUCUAUUAGAAAAUCACUUUCUUCAAUUUGUUGUUUUAUGGAGAUUUGAACCAACGUUUUCCGCGUUUUGAAUGGUAGACACUAGGGCGGGUCGAUUUAAAAAUCGCUCAUUGCUCUGUGAAAAUCGUAUUCUAGGGAUCAAAAUAAGAAACUUUGUCGAAGGAACCAUACUUCUAAAGCGAAUUCUGAUGUCCCCCAAUUUCAAAAUAUCACCAUUUUUGGCCUUUACAUGAAAAAAUCAGCUAAAUGGCUAUGUUUUUUCUUUAUUUUUAUUUAUUUAUAAUAAUAUCUAUUUUUUCUCUUAAGAAAUUUAUUUAGUCAGAACAUAUGUAAAUGAAAAAAUUAAUUUAAGUGAGUUAUAGAAAAGAAACUAAAAAGUUCGACCCAAAUUGGGGGACAUCAGAAUUCGUUUUAGAGGUAUGGUUCCUUCGGCAAAGUUUCUUAUUUUGAUCCCUAGAAUAUGAUUUUCACAGAGCAAUGGGCGAUUUUUUUGCCUCUCCACAAAUCGACCCCUAGUAGUCACUCCCCACCAACCCAUUCGACUACGGCGGACGCCCUGCCAUAAAAUACCUUAUGAUUAUUUACCUCUUUAGGAAUAAUAAGAUGAAGCACGGUUCGAUUACAUUUUUUUUUUAAGAUUUGUUAAACUUUAAAAUAUAAUUUCCUGUUAUUGAUAUUGGAAUGCAAUCGAAAUUGAUUAUCUGCAAUUAACAUACAAAUGUACCUAUAAGAUGUUACAAAAAACUAAAAAAAUGCUAAAUAUCCAAUAAGCUUAAACCCCAUUAUGUUUAAGAGUGCGUUUUAAGUCACUGCUAGUUUUCUGUGAGAUAAGGAAUUUGAUAAUAAAUAUACAUUAAAUAAAAUCA